AUCCUAUUUUCACGCUGCAGAUGGCAUGAUGGUCGCCCGGUGAAUUGUACACAACGGAUAGCAAAUUGUAUGAAUUUAGCUCAUCUCGCGUCGAGCUGCAAAGCUGAGCUAGUUUCGACAAUUACAGAUAAACUUGAACAUGGCAUCGACGGCUGAACACGACUUGUCUCUGUCUGAAGCGGACAGCAGCAAGGAAAAAUCUCAGGUUUUUGGGAUUUUGAGGCUACAAGAGGAGAAGAUUGGCGAUAAGGCUAACAGUGGCAGUAGCUGUGCAGCGAGAGGAGCAGGUGGAGGAGACGGGCGAUGGCAGGCUCCUAUCUUCGCUUUGGCCAGGAAAGCGUCCGAGACUAUUUCAGGGAGCAUUCAUGUCCUGCCCAAAGUGUCGGAACACAGGACAUCUCUCCCAGGGGACUGGACCGUCCAAGCGCUGCGGGACCCCAUGACCAUGGAGCGAGCCAACCUGCUGAACAUGGCCAAGCUGAGUAUUAAGGGGCUCAUUGAGUCAGCUCUGAGCUUCGGACGAACUCUGGACUCGGACUACCCACCUCUCCAGCAGUUCUUUGUGGUCAUGGAACACUGCCUCAAACACGGCCUCAGAGUGAAAAAGUCCUUCUUGGGAUUUAACAAGUCUCUGUGGGGACCUCUGGAGCUGGUGGAGAAACUGUGUCCAGAGGCAGCCGAGAUCUCGGCGUCCGUGCGAGACCUGCCUGGUCUCAAGACUCCUCUAGGCAGAGCCAGAGCAUGGCUGCGUUUGGCUCUCAUGCAGAAACGGCUGGCCGACUACCUGCGACUCCUCAUCACGCGAAAAGACCUGCUCAGCGAUUUUUAUGAGAAUUCGGCCCUGAUGCUGGAGGAGGAGGGAGCGGUGAUCGUGGGCCUGCUGGUGGGCCUGAAUGUGAUCGAUGCUAAUCUGUGUGUUAAAGGCGAGGACCUGGACUCUCAGGUUGGAGUGAUCGACUUCUCCAUGUACUUGAAGAAUGACAUAGACGAUUACAGGAGUGAGGAGAGAAAUAGCCAGAUUGCAUCCAUUUUGGAUCAGAAGAACUACGUGGAGGAACUGAACCGACAGCUAAACUCCACAGUUAGUGGUCUACAGGGGAGAGUUGACUCUUUAGAGAGGUCCAACUCCAAACUUAUAGAAGAGUUAGCCAUUGCCAAGAACAACAUCAUCAAACUGCAGGAGGAAAACCAGCAGCUGAGGAGUGAAAACAGCCUGAUCCUGCUAAAGACACAACAACACUUAGAGAUAACUCAAGGCGACGCGUCAGUGGAGAGAGACACGUACAAACAGUCACGGCAGGGUUUGGAUGAGAUGUACAAUGAGGCUCAGAGACAGCUGAAAGAGGAGUGUCAGCUCAGACAGGAUGUGGAGAAUGAGCUGGUCGUCCAGGUGUCCAUGAAGCAGGAAAUGGAGCUGGCUAUGAAGCUUCUGGAAAAAGAUAUUCACGAAAAACAGGACACUCUUAUCGGACUUAGGCAACAGCUGGAUGAAGUUAAAGCCAUCAAUGUAGAGAUGUACCAGAAGAUGCAGGUGCGAAAUUCUCAAUCAUCGGAUGAUGAAAUGAAGAAGAAGAAUGACAUGAUCAGUCGUCUGGAGGAGAAGACCAAUCAGAUCACUGCCACCAUGAAGCAGCUGGAGCAGAGCGAUAAGGAUCUGCUCAGUCAGACCAGAACCCUUGCUAUGUCAUUUGUGAAGUGUGCCAGCACAGACACAGAGCACCAGUACAAGCUAGAGGCAGAGAGGCACCGCACCUCGGCCGAGGAGGGAACCAGACGCUUCAAGCUGGACUUCGCCAACAAGGCCGACAGCCUGCAGCGGCAGAUUGAACACAAAGAGAAGCAGCUCCAGCAGCUGGAGACGGACCUGAAGAUCGAGAGGGAGUGGAGACAGACGCUACAGAGCGACCUGGACAGGGAGAGGGACACGGUGGCUCAGCUCAGCACAGAGGCGCUGCAGAUCAACGGACUGAAAAAGGAGUUUCAUCGUCUUCAGGAUGAGAACGUUCAGCUGAAGAGCAUCUGUGAGGACCAAGAACGAGCUCUGGAGGAACUAGGCUCCAAACUCAGCGAAUCUAAAUUGAAGAUUGAGGACAUUAAAGAAGCCAACAAAGCACUGCAGGGGGGUCAGGUAUGGUUGAAAGACAAAGAGGCCACUCACUGCAAGUUGUGUGAGAAAGAGUUUUCCAUCUCCAGACGAAAGCACCACUGCAGGAACUGCGGGGAGAUCUUCUGCAACAGCUGCUCUGAUAAUGAGCUACCUCUGCCAGCCUCUCCCAAACCGGUCCGGGUCUGCGACACCUGCCACGCCCUCCUCCUCCAGCGAUGUUCCUCCAACCCGACAUGAGAGAGGAACCCCACCCCACCCUAGCACUGCCACAGCAGUUUAAAAACAGACUCCUUGAUCCCCACUCUCUGCUGUGAGGGUGGACCAAGCACACAAGUGUACGGUACACGUGAUCUUUGGAAAAACAGAUUCAAAAGUGGCACCUGAAUCAUUCUUGCUUUGCAAUUUUCCGCAGUCACUCCUUAGGGAGUGUUAAACGUCCUCUUUGAUCAGAUCAUUUUGUUAACAGGAAAACGAUUCAGAAUGACAACUUGGUAUUAAGUCAUGCUUGUCCUACACAUACAGUUAAACCCAAUUCUAUAUAAAGAAAAGACCUGGCAGUGCAGUUUCUGAUGCAUUUGACUUAAACAGCCAUCUCUGGCUAAUGAUUUGAGUCUCUAAUAAGAAAAACUUGGUUGUGAAUGAAGGAAAAACUUUACAAAGAGGUUGAAAGAUAGAUUGCACUAUUAAACGCACACUGGUUUCUGAUCCAGAUCGGAUCUUACCUCACCCCCACAACACCUGAGGCACGCAACUAACUGCACAGACAACCACAGGAGCGUAUGUUGUUUGCACAAUGAGUUGCCUUCUUUCUAUUAAGAGUUUGACUCUGUUUACACACGUAUAGCCAAAUCGGGUCAAAGUGAGCAGACACAACACUUAAAUACUGACUCUGUCUGCCCUAAAUGAUGACCAUUAAUAUUCCUUUAUUUGCCAAUGUGUUGGACAAUUUCUAAGGUGAUGCUGGCAGGAUUGACCUGAGUAAAAGGAUGGGUGUGAUAAUAUUUCAUGAGCUGCCUGAGAGAGAAGAAGUGUUCUGUACACUAAGAUAUUUAUUAUCCAGCCAAACAUUCACUUUGACAAUGAGUGUCCCAACUCUGGUUUUUCUUUUCUAGAUGGACAAGGGGCUUGAAGGAAGCCUGCUCUGUGCACAGCUAGUGUGUGAAAUCAGUCCCUCAUUUCAGAGCGUUUUGACACCUGCUGACAAACUUUAAGAGUGGACAGCUUCCCCAUGUGGCUGAGGCUUUUAGAAGACCUGAAAAGCAGCUUCGUUCUUUAGUUAGUGCCAUGCGAGCCUCUGUAAUGAGUGCUCCCCGCUGCCAAAUAAAGUCCCAUCGUUUUACCGAGAGGACUUCUGUAGAGAAUCUAAACUGGCAGUCCUGCAUGACAAAACAAAAUACGAACAUUAGAAAAGUUACAACACUAGUCAAUCAGUCCUGACCAACAAAGCCAGACAGCAAUAAUCCUGGAGGUUUUGGUGAUGAUGCUGACAGCAACUGUUACGAACAGACUGAAGCACCACACACUUCUGACAACUUUACAAUAUUUGGAACACUUUUAUAAUCACAUUCUGUCAAUUCUAAAUAAAUGUGUAUCUGUAUUUGAUUUUGAUGUCCCAUGCACAUUUUAUUUUACAUGUACUUUUACAGGUUCAGGAACGUGCUGUACAUGAAGCUGAACCUGUUAACUUGAAAGUCAGAUGCUACAGAAUAUUCCUCUACUGCUGCUCCAUCCAUUAGCGAAAGCUUCAAACUGAACUCUUUCUUCCUGAACUCCAGGCGUUUUGUUAGUUUUGUCAAUCUGUCACAGCCUUGAUUGUUGUUCCAGCACAGGCUGCAGUGAACACUCUGGUUUUGCACUUACUUUGACAACCUGCAACUGUGAAAAACUGGAACUUUUCUUUCUGUGUAGUUUUCUUAUUUCAAAAUGCAUUUUUAUUUAAAGUAACUGUUUCUGAUCUGAACCUUUUUUUUUUAAUCUUGUGAAUCUCCCAGAUUUCAGUGGGAUUUGUACAGUCUUGAUAUUACUACACAUUGUACAUAAUGGUAAAGCUUUACCUUACUAAAAACAUGUUUAAUAUUAAAUCCUCUGG